AUGAUAACAAUAAGUCUUCCGGAAAGCAUACAAAGAAUAACAGUGAAUAGAGAGAGAGAGAGAAAGAGAGAGAGAGAGAGAGAGAAGCGGAGAAGAAGAGGAACGCUAACUGGUAGGUGCUUGGUGGUAGCGAACAAGCAUUUAUAUGCCCAGCGUAGCGUUGACAAGGUAUCGGAACAGAACUGUCAUCGGUGUCCGGUAUCCG